UCAUUCAUCAUAACAUAAACAUACCUCUUUAAUUCUCUCUUGAUAUAUUUGUGUAUAACAACAUAUAUAUAUAUAUAUAUAUAUAUAUAAGCCAUAACAAUGCAGCAAGCGAUUCCUUACAAGUCAUGGCUACCCAUUUACACCAACAUCAACCACCCACUAAACCCAUCAACCAUAACCCCCAAGAAGACGGUGAACAAGAAGGUGGUGAACAUGGUGUCUGAGAAUGCAAUCAUAUUGUUCGCAAGGCGUGGAUGUUGUAUGGGACACGUUGUGAGGAGACUGCUAUUAGGGCUUGGCGUGAAUCCUCCAGUUUAUGAGAUUGAUGAAGAGGAGGAAGAUGGAAUUUUGAAGGAAUUGGAUCAGAUUGUCAAUAAAGGUAAGAAAGUGCAGCAGCUUCCAGCAGUGUUUAUUGGUGGGACUUUGUUUGGAGGAUUGGAUAGAGUUAUGGAAACUCAUAUCUCUGGCGAAUUGGUUCCUAUCUUGAAGGAAGCUGGAGUCUUGUGGCUUUGAUUGAUUAGUCAAUUUCUGAUCUUGCCCUCUUUUCGUUGUUUCUUUGUUUCUUUUUUUUUUUUUUCCUUGCAGUAGGUUUCUGGCUAGUUGACUCCAUGAAAAUUAAGGAUCCAGGAUUGUUUUAAUUGGCAAAAUUAGGAUUAAUUAUAUUUUUGUAACAGAAGAAAAGAAAUACAAAGUAGAUUUAAUUUUAUGGGAUUUCAAGGCUUUCUGGUCUUUUGAUUA